AUGGACGAGGACUCGAUGCACGAACAGAAGGACCGUUACGCAAGAUUGAGUCAAGGUGGCGGAGGUCUUUGGGACUCCGGUGACGGUCUCGGUGUAUCCGCUGGACUCGGAGGGGGUCUAGUAGGUGGGGGUUUGGUAGGAGCUGGCGGAACGGGGACAGGACGAGGCGGGUCCGAGGGAUCGGGGGCCGACCUCAUGGAGACGUUAUCCGAAAAAGAAAACCACAGUGAGAUCGAACGCAGACGGCGCAACAAGAUGACCGCCUACAUCACGGAACUCUCUGACAUGGUUCCGACCUGCAGUGCCCUAGCGAGGAAGCCCGACAAGCUGACCAUCCUGCGCAUGGCUGUCGCCCACAUGAAGUCCCUGAGAGGGACAGGGAAUACGUCGAGCGACGGAACUUACAAACCGUCGUUUUUGACAGAUCAGGAAUUGAAGCACCUGAUUCUCGAGGCCGCCGACGGAUUUCUGUUUGUGGUUUCCUGCGACACGGGCCGGGUCGUCUAUGUGUCGGAUUCGGUGGGACCAGUUCUGUCUCAUUCGCAAUCCGACUGGUUCAAUGCAUGUCUGUACGAUCUAGUGCACCCCGACGAUGUGGAGAAAGUGCGAGAGCAAUUGGCUACGCAGGACAGUUCAUCGCCCGGACGAAUUCUAGAUCUGAAGACAGGCACCGUGAAGAAGGAGGGUCAUCAGUCGUCUAUGCGGUUAUGCAUGGGUUCAAGACGCGGAUUCAUUUGCCGGAUGAAAGUAGGAAAUUCGCCAUUAAUGACCUCACCUCAUGAUCCUCUACUGCGUCAGCAUCGUCACCGAAGUGUACUCGGGCCCGGUGCGGUCGACGGGGGUCAACACAACUACGCCGUCGUCCAUUGCACCGGCUACAUCAAGAACUGGUCACCUUCAGGCAAUCGACUAGAUCACGACGAACUCGGAAGUGGCGGAUCCCAUUGCUGUCUCGUAGCCAUUGGCAGGCUGCAAGUCACUUCAACUCCAAACAAUGCCGAUCUCAUGGGCUCGAAUUCGUCGAACGAGUUCCUGUCUCGGCACUCCCUUGACGGCAAAUUCACUUUUGUCGACCAACGGGUGUCGAACAUUCUAGGUUAUCAGCCGCAAGAGUUACUGGGGAAGUCAUGCUUCGACUACUGUCAUCCUGAAGAGCAGGCGCACAUGAAGGACCAUUUCGAGCAAGUUUUGAAAGCCAAGGGUCAACCGGUCUCCAUAAUGUACCGAUUCCGCACCAAGGCAAACCGAGACUGGUUGUGGCUGCGCACGUCGUCUUACGCAUUCCUAAAUCCCUACACCAAUGACGUGGAAUACACCGUCUGUACGAAUAUCGCCGUGAAAACGGUACACGGGCAUGACGUCACGGAUGUAGCGAACAGUAAUACAACACCUGCGGUCACCGACGGCGCUUAUCAGCCAGUUGGCGGCCUACUGAAAUCGGAGAGUGGCCCCGUUCAAGUCGGGGAGUAUUCGACCGGUCUCCAGCAGAGUUCGAGCUAUCCGUCGAUCAUGAGGCUACCGUCGAGACCUCCUUCCGGACCGACGUAUUCAUACCCGACCGGAGGAACUGGAGGUGGUCCAGGAACGAAUUCCCAUUCCAGCACGCCCGUGUCCGAGUACAAUAACAACAACAACGGGAGCAACAACCAAAUGUCACCUCAUCCAACAACCCCCAACUAUCCUCACAACGCUCUGUCACCCAAUCAACAAAAUUCUCCAGGUCAGCAACAGCAGCAACAGACUCCCAAUGCUCCUACGUACACGCAGUUAGCGCCUUCGACGGCGCCUUCUAGAGGUAUGUGGAGCCAGUGGCAGCAGACAACCCCUGCCUCUGCAGCGGCAGCAACGGCCGCUUCGCAAGCACCGGGUGCGGCGAACGCGGCGGGCGCGGGAGGCAACCCACAGGGACAGGAGUUGUCUGACAUGCUGCAAAUGUUAGAUCAAGGAGGUGGUGCAUCAUUCGAAGAACUCACGAUGUUCAACACAUUCAGCGAAUGAGGAGAUGGCAUCGAGAGCAAAAGCAGCUGCUGCCGCCAAUUACGAUAAGAGGAGAAUCGAUUCGCCUUGAAUCGAAUGACCCACAAAAUCUCACCGCCGCACCAAAUGGCCAAUGUAUCCCAAUAGACGGAUAGCAGAUGCACCGGCAAAAUAGGGAAACAAAUAUGGAAUCCAUAUUGUGCAUAUAA